AUGGUUAAUGAUUCUUUGGACAAUUAUCAUACUCCUAAAGUCGUUAUCAAAAAAGACCAUUCAAUUUACGAUGAUUAUGAAAUUCUUGAAGAAAUUGGGACAGGGGCAUUUGGCGUAGUUCACAGAUGUUUGGAGAAGAAAACGGGGAAUAUUUUUGCUGCCAAAUUUAUUCCAAUACUUGGGGGAGAUAAACAAAAAGAAAUUGUUAGGGAGGAAAUUGGGAUAAUGUCUGAAUUAAAACAUUCUUCCCUAAUUUCUUUACAUGAUGCCUUUGAAAUGGAUCAUGAAAUUGUCAUGAUAUAUGAGUUAUCUUAUGUACAUUUGGACUUAAAACCAGAAAAUAUUUUAUUUACUACAAAAACAAGUGAUAAAUUAAAAAUUAAUGAUUUUAGCAUGACAACUAAAUUAAAUCCGGGCAAAGAAGUUAAAAUUGCAACAGUCAAUUCCGAAUAUUCCUCACCCGAAGUUUUAAGUGGACAAAAGAUUGGGUUUAAUACAGACAUGUGGAAUAUUGGAAUUCUUACUAAAGUUCUCCUUUCUGGCAUUUCUAAUUUUGAUGGAAAUAUUUUGAAUGAAAUAAACAAAAAAUCAGAAUUUGAAAAUAUAUCAGAAGAAGCUAAAGAUUUUAUUCGAAGAUUACUUGUUGAGGAUAAACAAUAUAGAAUGAAUAUACACGAAGCUUUGAAUCAUCCUUGGCUUACGCAGAGAAGAGAUAAAAAUAAUAUGAAUGAAAAUAUUAUUCCUUCAGAGAGAUACUACAAAUCUCGAGAAUUUGUUCGGAGAAAAUAUGAUGCUUGGCCCGAACCUCGACUUUCUCUCGGCCGUAUAUCACAAUUUAGCUCUCUAUCCAAACUUCAUUCUGAUCGGUACAAAAUACGUGAAACUCUUUUUGAUCAAAAUGAUGGGCCUCCUCGUUUUAUCAUUCGGCCUAGACCAACACAAGCAAAUGAAGGAAUGAAUGCUUCUUUCUUUUAUAAAAUACUUUCGCCUGUACCUAUGCGUAUAAGCUGGUGGAAAGAUGAAAAGGAAAUAAAAAUAUCUGAUGGGUCUUUUGGAAAAUAUCGUCAACAAAGGAAUGGAAAUGAUAGGGCAAUGACAAUAACUGAAAUAAAAAGUGAAGAUCAAGGAGAUUAUUUGGUUAGGGCAGAGAAUGAAUUUGGCAAGAGAGAAUGUAGUGCAAUGCUAAUUGUACUAGUGAAGGAUGGAAAAAAAAUCCUCCCACAACAAAUACCUACAAUUCGACAACCAAUUAUUCAAGAAGCAUCCACUACAUCAAUUGUUGAAAAAGGCCCUCCUCAUUUCAGUUUCUUACUUCGGCCUCGCCUUAUCCAAAAGAACCACACUUGUAAAUUAAUUUGUACAGUUACAUCAGACCCUCCACCAAAAAUUAAAUGGAUAAAAGAUGGAAAACCGGUAGAUGAUCAACGGGCACAAGCACUUUUUAAAAGUGGAGUUGCUUCUUUAGAAGUUUUUAAUAUUAAAAUGGAGGAUGCCGGUAUCUACACUUGUAUAGCAACAAAUGAAUUUGGAAGCGAUGAAACUUCGGCUUCUAUAACAGUCCAAACAAGGCAUUCGACUAGUUCAACACAACAACAGACUAAUUCUUUAGACGGGCCUUCAUCUUUUUUAAUGGCUGGAUUGGUGGGGGAAAGAAAAAAUAAAUUACAAAAGAAAGGGAAUUGA